UAGCCAAUCAUCGUGUUUACCAACGGUCGAGCGGGAGUAUUCGAAUAGACAAAGAAACAUCUCAUGUUCGCAUUGAGUUCUCCCUCUUCGAAUUCUUGUUCUGCUGCCAACUCUAAGCCCCUAUUUCAAAACUAUGAGGGAUCUUUGUUCUAUAGACUUCAAGGACAGUGUGAGGUUCGUUGUUCGUCGAGAUCUGAAGCGCCUUGGCCUAAAAGUGCCAAAGUACAAAGCCGUUUUCAAACAGGGAACUGAUGUUCGAGAGGGUGCAGUUUUCGGUGCUUUACUGGAUAAUGUUCCAUCCGAAAAUGUGGGCGAGAACUACUACUGUAGUGUACCCAAAUUCCUUGUAGAUUCUGCUAAGUUUCUUAGACAGCAUAUGAAUACAGAAGGCCUGUUUAGAAAGUCUGGCUCGGUACAAAGGCAAAAACUUCUCAAGGAAAGAAUUGAACUUGGUGAAGAAAUAUCAACAGCACAACCUCACGAUGUGGCUGGCCUGAUGAAACAGUUUUUCCGGCAACUCCAGGAGCCACUGCUCACAAACACUUACCAUGACAGUUUUAUCAAGACCAUGCGCAUUGAAGAUGACAACACUCGCACCAAAGCCAUGCUAUAUAUCUGCCUCUUGCUACCACUUGCCCACCUCCAAGCCCUGAAAUACACAAUGAAAUUCCUGGCAGAGUUUGCAAGCCACUCUGAGAAGAGUAAAAUGGGAUUUUCCAACCUGGCCAUUGUCCUAACGCCAAAUUUAAUGCACAAUAUUCGCAAGGACAACAGCAGUUCAUCUGAAAGGCUCCUCAAAGAUCAAACAGUGGUCAUAAAGACUUUGUUGAAAAAUGCUGGUAGUUUAGGGAUGGUGCCUGAUGAUGUGUUUGAAAGGGCCAAGCUGAUUGGAGAUGAUGGUGCCAAUGCUAUGACGUCAUCUGGAGAUGAACUGGAUAGUGAGGAUAUGCAGCAGGGGAAAGGCAAGAGGGCUUCACGUCAAAGAACAAGAACUGGCUCAAUCACUGGUUUUAUAGGCCAGAGCCUGAGUAAGUUCAAGGGAAAUUCCACCUCAACAAAAACACCUGUCCGCCAGCACAGACGGUCCAAGAGUGUUAAAGCAGAACUUCUGAGGAACAAGCAAAAGUCAUUCCAAAUUAAUGAAAAUAUACUCAGCAAAGAUGAUACUGAAAUUGAGAAAAUAACCUCCCAAUCCAGAGAAAGGAUGAGUCUUCGCAUUCACAGCAAGCGAAGGCUGAUGGACUCAAAUCUAAAUUCUCUCUCACCAGCUAACAAGAGGUAUCAAACGAGACUAACAGCCUUUAAGAGUUCUGAAGGAGACAGUGGUAUUGGCAACCCUGUCAUCAUGUCACGCUCAACUCAGAUGUUUGCAACAUCCAUGAAACCACUCACUCCUGUCAAACCACUUGCAGAUAUGGUGAAAAAAGACCAUGCCAAAACCUUGUUAUCAUCAGAGACAGAACAUGUAAAAGUGGUAGAUGCAGCGACCUACGUCCCUUCCCCUGACACAAACACACCAUCAGGAAGUAGUAGAUUUUAUGCACCCUCACCUUGCACUGAGCACUCCCACCCCCAGCCUGCACCUGUCUCAGCAGGGCAUGCCGCACUGCAUGGACAUGGAGGAGUGAGGGGAAGGAGGGUCACGCGAAGAAAUUCAUCUGGAGCAACUUCUUGCUUCUCCUCGUCGCCCAGGAGUAGAUCCACCAUCAACAACCCCAAAACUCAGAUCCUACAAGAUGUUAAUGGAAAUGCAGUAAACAAGAAUAAUAUGACAACACCAAAUACUCAGCAAUUUAGAAAGCGGCCCUCCCAUGGCUCUAACAGUGAAGUCACAACCAAAGUAUGCCCAGGGUCAGUGAGAAGUAGAAUAGACAAUAACGAAUCAAUGACGCCAUGUAAAUAUCGCAUUGGAACUCCACCCAAUACUUCUGGUAACAGAGAGUUAAAGGCAGUGUUGUCCCAGAAUAUCUAGCAAAGUGAAAAUUAAUGGGUGCAUUGUCAAAGAGCAUAAAGCAAAAUGUAGCAUCCCCUGCAGGUUUUUAGGCAGGUUGCACAUCUCCUGUGCGACCUCCCUAAAAAAAGCCUGCUGGGAGGUUAACAAAAUGAUGAGAUUUUAAUCUAGAAAAUUGCAAAAAGAAUAAUGGCUAGUAUACAAAACAGUUGCAGGGUUCUGACAGGAUUCUAAUGCUUAUUAUAAAGGGUGAAUUUGUUAUUAACUUUUUAGAUUUUGACAAUUUUAGAUAUAUGUAAAUAUUUAAAUAUUUUUGAGCAAGCAGAUUGAUUAAAGAAAUGACAAGAUUGUGCUGUAGUCACUGUGGUCUAAAAAUGAUUUGUGGAUCAAGACACUGUCUUCCAGAGUAUUUUUAUUAGACAUAAAAAAUAUAAUUUUAUGCCAAUGAACAGAUUACAAUAGAUUGUUGUUUUAAAAAUGUAUUUUGAGUUCAUUACAAUAUUGAGUAUUUUUUAAACUUACACUUGCAAACAGAAACUGCAAUUGACAAACUGUACAUUGUUCUGAAAAGGUGAACAUCCUUUUGAACACCAUAAUUUUUUUGCAAAAAUAAUCAAAAUUGAAGCACUAAUAUUAGCAAUUACCAGUGUCAAGUUAGAAUGGCUUUCAAAAACCUGUAAAAUACUAUUUAGUUUAUUUAGUACUAAUACACUGUAAAGUCUUUGUCCUCUUUUGUUCUGGCUUGUCUAUUACACUUUAACAAUUACAUUUUGUUGCACGGGAUUUAGAAAACCACUACAAAAAAUACACAUUUCAUCUAGAUUAUACAGGACAGAUAAGUUAUUGGAAUGCACAUCCAUAAAUCAACUAGAUCUGUCUUGAAAUCACAAACUGGUGAUGCUCUAAAAACUAGAGUGGCUUUCAUUAAUCCUUUGAAUUAAGUUGUGGUCAAAAGAGGAAUGUGAGAGCUAGAGUUGUAUGUAUUUCCCUGGUUAAUUAUGUAUAAAAAUUAAAAACAUAAAACAAGCAGUUAACUUUUGUUGAAUUUUUAUUGUAAAUGCAAGUUAUAAUAGCUUCUGUAUAGUGUGAUCAGAUAUUUGUACAGUUUUUACUUUUAAAAUAAAACUGGAAUUUGACAUCAA